CUGCAGGUGCAGCACGCCAGUAAGCAGAUCGCCGCCGACAAGCAGUACAAGGGCAUCGUGGACUGCAUCGUGCGCAUCCCCAAGGAGCAGGGCGUGCUGUCCUUCUGGAGGGGCAACCUGGCCAACGUCAUCCGCUACUUCCCCACCCAAGCCCUCAACUUCGCCUUCAAGGACAAGUACAAGCAGAUCUUCCUGGGCGGCGUGGACAAGCACACGCAGUUCUGGCGCUACUUCGCCGGCAACCUGGCCUCCGGAGGGGCGGCCGGCGCCACCUCGCUCUGCUUCGUGUACCCCCUGGAUUUCGCCCGGACCCGCCUGGCGGCCGACGUGGGCAAGUCGGGCACGGAGCGGGAGUUCAAGGGCCUAGGAGACUGCCUGGUGAAGAUCACCAAGUCGGACGGGCUCCGGGGCCUGUACCAGGGCUUCAGCGUGUCCGUGCAGGGCAUCAUCAUCUACCGCGCCGCCUACUUCGGCGUCUACGACACGGCCAAGGGCAUGCUCCCUGACCCCAAGAACACGCACAUCGUGGUGAGCUGGAUGAUCGCGCAGACGGUGACAGCGGUGGCUGGCGUGGUGUCCUACCCCUUCGACACCGUGCGCAGGCGCAUGAUGAUGCAGUCCGGACGCAAGGGAGCGGACAUCAUGUACACGGGGACCUUGGACUGCUGGCGGAAGAUCCUGAAGGACGAGGGCGGCAAGGCCUUCUUCAAGGGCGCAUGGUCCAACGUGCUCCGGGGCAUGGGGGGCGCCUUCGUGCUGGUGCUGUACGACGAGCUCAAGAAGGUGAUCUAGGCGGCCAGCCCGGCGCGGCGGCCCACGUAGGACCCCCACUCACGGACCAUGACCUUCCAGAAAUUCCAGUCGCCCCGCCCGGCCCUCCACGCCGUGGAGGGCUUGGGGGGCUCAGGGCCCAUUGUGAUCAUGUUGCCACCGGCACCCCGAUGUCCACGUGCUGAGGACGGCGAGGGGAACGGUGCGCCCCCGCGGGCCAGGCCGGCCGGCUCCCCGCCCUCAGCCCAGGGCCCGCCGCUCCCCGGGCCCGGGCGCGGUCACGUAUUUAUUGCAGACAGGACCACGACCCCGUUUGUACUGAAGCACUCGCCCUUUUGCACAGCCGAGUCCUCGCAGCUAACAUUCUCGUUGGGCAUUUCCGCAGAAUAAAGUCAGGACACCCAGA